AUGGAUCAACUACGCAACGGACAAUCCAUCCGGCUCACCCGGAGUGCAGUAGCCCGAGGCCGAUCAUGGUAUCUGGACGCGGUCAAUGGCGGCCCCACCAGCAUGGACAUAUUGGUCACCUGGCUCUCAACCCCAGGAAAUUACGACCGAUGGUUGAGUACACCCAUCCCCGGACCUCAUCGAGAAGAUUUCUGCACCGAAAUUGUUGAGAUCAUGCAACAGCACGGUAUCCACCACCGCAAUGCCAUGGGUAUCAAUAACCGUAUUCUGGUCAUCCGAAGAUCAUACAACAGCGCCCGAGAUUUUUUCAAUCAUGCCACACGAGCCGGUGAGGAAGUUGACCCUAUUGUCUUGGUCUAUGUCCGAAGGGUGUGCCAACACUGGGAUCUCCUUGACCCAGUGAUGGGGCCUCAGGAUGUGGACAUCCAACCGGGAGAUCACACCAGACGGCCCAGUGGAGGAAUAUCUUCAGAUGAUGAAUCCACUAACACUAACAGCACAUGA